UUCGACUACAGAAGCUACGGAGAUUCGUCGAUGUUCGAUUUAGUCGAAGACGGACUUGUCGACGACGCCGUCCACAUCUACAGGUGGGUGCUUAACAGGACCAAGGGAGACGUCUACGUUUGGGGCGAUCAACUCGGCGCCGCAAUCGCGACGCACGCCGUCGCGCGGUUGCGAAACGAAGGCGUCGUUCCCACCGGUUUAAUUUUGGAAAAUCCGUUCACGUCGCUCUCCGACUGGAUCGGCUACUGGUACUGGCCGUUGGGAAGGAUUUUUUCGUGGAUGCCGUGGUACGACGCGUUCGUGACCGAGCCUCUGAUCGAGAACGGGCUAAGUUUCAAUACGAGCAGCUACAUUCGGAAUGUCGAUUGUCCGAUACUCGUUUUAAAUGCGGGGUACGAUAAGGGUUGGUCUAAACUUAUAGAUAAGGUGUCUGAGGCGGCGGCCGAUCGUGAUGCGGUAUCGCAGGGAUCUGUAAGUGUGAAAGAUGUCUAUUGGAGUUCGGGCGGUUACUAUGACGGUGACAGCACAUAUAAGAAUGGUGAGAUUAGCGAUUUUGUGGCCGAGUGCAGCAUUUUUAAGCAAAAUGAGAGUGUAAAACACUGAGAAGGCUUUUAAUUUUUAAUUAUACGUGUAUAUGGUUGUGUAGGUAGACGAGAUAAGUUGUUGAUUAUUGAAAUUAAAUUUUACAUUUUUAAAAUGA